GAUUUCCAGCAUCUGCAGAUUUUGUCUUGUUGGUGAAUCACUCAUGUGAUUGCUGCAUAUUCAAUGAGAAAACUAAGGGCUGCCAUACGUCACCUUUGCCCAUCACUAAAACACAAACAUCGUUCAAGUUCAGUUCAUUGCCAUUCAACCACACACAUGUAUAUUGCUGAAUGAAACAACAUUCCUCCAGACCAACGUGCACAAUAUAGUCCAAAUAUCUCAUAAUCUACAGAUUCAUAGCCAGAAUCUCUUCACUGCCCUGGUGUUUACAAGGUGCUGCUGUUAAUCUGGUUAAAACUUACUCACUGUUUUCACAGUUCUGCUUUUGCCUGUGUUGUUUGCGACAAAUAUUUGACAGAAAUGUGCACACUACAUCUUCAGGUCUGCACUAAGCACUUAACAGCCCUUGCGCGAAAUUAAAUCGCUGAACAGAUAGUAGAUGAUUAGACAAGGUGUGAGGUGUUUGGAAAUCCACAGGAUUUAAGCAGAAGUGACUCUCCCUGGAAGAGCAGUUGCAAGCUACAGGGCUGGGAGCUUGAGUUGCUGAGUGCAUCGACUCUGUGGUUUUCCCUUCCAGUUUCUUGAACGACCUUCUCAGGUGUUUGCUCACCAUGAAGAGCAUUGUGCAGCCAAUAGCGUUGUGGGGGAAGAAAGCACCAUCUCACUCCAUCUGUGCUCUAAUGCUCACUGAUGACCAGGGAACUAUAGUGACAGGAAGUUGGGAGGGCCAGAUUUGCCUCUGGAACCUGUCACCUGAUUUCAAGACUUUACCUCGCAUCUUGAUGUUUGGCCACACUGCUUCAAUUACUUCCCUUGGUAAAGCAAGUGAGAAGCAGCCAUACAUUGUCAGUGCUGCUGAAAAUGGGGAGAUGUGCCUUUGGAAUGUCACCAGUGGCCAAUGCAUCGAACAUACAAAACUGCCCUUCACUCACACUUCAAUCUAUUAUUAUUACCGUUCCUUUCGGAUGUCAGGUGAUGGCUGGUUGCUUUGUUGUGGACAGUAUCAGGAUAUAUUAGUGAUUGAUGCACGUAGCCUGGAGCUUCUCCACGCUCUCGUUUCAUCUGCAACUCCAGAUUGGAUUAGCUCGAUGUGCAUUGUCCGCUCCCAAAGAAUUCAAGAGGAUUCGUUAGUUGGCAUCUCAGUAACGGGAGAGCUAAAGGUGUGGGACUUGUCGUCAUCAGUCAAUGGAGUUCAGGCCAGAGAGAAUGUUUAUGAAGCGGAGUCCAAGUCACUUUGGUGUUUCAAUUGUCAAGCUGUCUGCUUUUGCACUUACACAGAGCGCUUACUGUUGGUGGUUUGCUCUGAUUGCUGGAAGGUUUUUGAUUAUUGUGACUUUUCAUUGCUGUGCUUUGUGAGCUGCAAAGAUGGCCAUCACUGGGCAGGUGGUGAAGUUAUAGCUGCAAACAAGAUAAUUGUCUGGACAGAGGACGGCCAGAGCUACAUUUACCAGCUGCCUGACAGGUGGGCUCAGGUGGGAAAACCUCAAGAGGAGUUCAGCAGCUUGUUCAAAACUGGCAUCUUUAUCUCCCAUGAACACUCAUUAAGCGAGACUGUUACCCCUCGUCUGCUUUGCUACACAUCAAGUGAUAUUAGCAGUAAGUUUCUUCAGGCAAUUCUGAUUUUCAUCAAUGAGCGUAAAGAGCCCUUUCAUAAGAUUCUCUUCUGUGGCGAAGCAUCAGGAAGAAUUUCCAUGUGGCAUAUUCCUGAUGUUCCGAUGGCCAAUCGUGAUGGCUCCCCGCAAGAGAUUAAGAUGACUGCAACAUUGAGCCUUCAGGGAGCAUUUGAAAAGCACAAGAUCUUGACAGAAGAAAUAACAGAUCAGCUGGAUGUACAUGUGAAUGGAUUUCAGACUGGUUUGAUCACUGCCAGUGUUUAUAUUCCAAACCUAGAAAACCUUGUAUGUGGAUGUGAAAAUGGACGGAUAAUAAUUACCUUGGGUUUGCAUGCUGCACGAGCUCAACUCCUUGUAGAACAUUUUUUCUUAAAAGCUUACUGUGCCAAUUGUGCGCACUAUUCGUGGGAGACUCCCAAGAAACUCUCCACACUUGGGGCAGCAACUCAGAAGCCCAGGAAGUUCACAAUUUGGAAGAACAAAGCCUGGUUGCCCCACAGGAUUCUGGUCGGACACUGUGGCCGGGUUACCUCCCUCCUCCACCCGCACAGUAAAUCCGCAACCUUUGACGCCAGCUGGUUAGCCUCGGGGGACGAGGAGUCGUGCGUGAUCUUGUGGAACAUGUUCAAAGGAGAGGCUCUGCACAAAUUUGUGCUGCAUGCAGGCCCAGUUCUGAACCUAUCCGUGUGUCCAGAGGAGUGCAGUCCUGAGAUGCGCCAGACUAUCUGCUGUGUAGCAAAUGAUAACUCCGUAGCAUUGCUGAGCCUUCAGUGUCGAGCUUGCCUGAUGCAUGCAAGGAAGCAUCUCUCCCCUGUGAGCCUAAUAAAAUGGCGCCCAGCAGAAGACCUCCUGAUCGUCGGAUGCAAAGAUGGAGCAGUUUAUGUCUGGGACAUUGAGACGGGAACACUUGAUCGACAUGAGACUGGUGAGAUAGCAAAGGCAAUCAUUGGUUCCUGUGACGAUUCUCUGUCUAUAUUCAUGAAUGCAAUUGAUUCUUUAUCCAUGGGAGCGAGACCUCUUGAUUCAGUCAAAAAGAAGAGUUGUAAGCAAUAUGGAUCUUUCAAAUUCAGCACAUCUCCAACUACUUUCCACACGUCAGAGUUUGCAUUUCCAGACCCCAUCGCACAAGCGUUCACAAUCCAGCCAGUGAAGGCAAAGUGGAGCGAUGGUGCCAUUCACGUGCUGUUGUUUGACGUCAGCACCAUUUGCGAACAGCUGCUCUCACAUCAAGAAAAGGAACAGAAGGUGCAAAGUACUGUCCAAAGCCAUGAGACGUUAAAGAGACUAGCUAACGUUGACUGUAAGAAACCACCAAUGUCUUUAAAAAGAAACAAGGCACCGACAAAUCUCUGCCAGACGAAUAGUUCAGUGAAAGAUUUGGUCCGUGAACAUUUCUAUUACAAUGAGCACAAUGCAGAUGGAUUUGGAAGGGAAGGAGCUGGAAUUAGCAAACACAAAACAAAACCCAAAGGCACUAAAAAGGUUACAGCAUCAGCAGUGAAAAAAAUGGAUGUUAAUGUGGCCACAGACACAGCCAAGUUACUAAUUUCCUGUCUCUUUCCCUGGGGUGUGGAUAGGGAUCUAGAUGAACUCUGCAUUAAGCAUCUGGGGAUGUUUCAGCCUCGCUGUCCAGUGUCCUUUGGCCUUUUGUCACCGGAUGAUUAUUUGUCUCUCCUUUUGCCGGGAUGGUAUCAAUUCAAUCGAGAGAUGACAAAGGACCACGUAUUCUGCAGCAAGAUAUCAAAUAAAGUUCUGGGCCUUGCAAAACAAGUCUCAAAUAUUACCCAAGCUUGUACUGUUUCUGUGGUGGAGACCUUGAAUGAUGAUGCAGAUGAAAACUUUCAGUCAGAAAUGACAUCUUAUUUAUUAUCUGUCAUCUUGUUAGUCAACCUGCAGAUGAGAAUGCCUUUCCUGUCCAAGGGGAAUGAAAUGCAUAACAUAGUGAGACAACAGAAAGUGGAAUGCCUGCGAGGGAAAGGAGGGGAUGCGUCGCAACUGCCCGUCUCUCCGUUCACAGGAGAAGCAUCCCAAAACAGAUCUUUCUGUCUAUACCAGAGCUUAAGCAAAGAAGCAAGUUAUGAUGUCCUUGCCAAUUUGAUCACCAGCUGGCAAUUCCAAUCAGUAGAGCUAUUGGAAGCAAUACAAGCCAUGUUACUAGCAGAGGCUCAAAGGAUUUUGAGAACUUUGACAAAGAAAACAAUCGACAGACAACCUAUAAUUGGAGUCCGGAAUGGAAAUGGUGAGCCAAAGACAGGGUCACAACUUGAACAAAUAGAACUGCAAGAGAAGAAGAAAAAUAGCAGGGCAAACAGAUCAGCUUCAGUCAACGUAGUCACACAUGACUGCAGCCCAGACCUGGAAAAGCACCAAGGACCCAAGGAGGUGGCUGAUGGAUGUGCCUUUGAGGAGUCUGACAGUCCAGAUAGUCUGCGAGAGUGGCCUAUGUCCCGAAUCUGCUUUUGCAAAGUCUGCUGAAAGAACAAAGGGAAUUCUCCUGUAUACCAUGUCUGAAGAGUAGGAGGCCAAAGACACGCUUGGACUGGGAUAGGAGUUGAGGAGACAGACAACUGAAAUCCAUGAACAGAAAGGAGGUGUUCUGCAAGUAAUCAUCCAAUCUGGGCUUGGUUUCUCCAAUGCAGAGUGGAUCAAUACACUGCAAAGGUCCUCAUCUACUCUUCAGAAUAAUGGCAAAACCGCGGUAACGCUCAACUUUUCCAGGGGAAAUGUAUUAAAUGAGGUGCACAUAACCACAGCUUGUGGUUAUGCUGACUCGAGCAGCCUCUGCCUUAAUGCCUGUGUGUCAACAAUUGUUCGGCAGUUUAAAGACAAAAGCUAUUGGUUGGAUAAACUGAAGCAAACCAUUUCCUGCAAUCAUGUGGAAUGUCAUCUGAGCUGUAUCAUGGUAAAGUUGAUCAAUAUUAGAGUAUUUAAAUAUGUUACAGCCUGAAUCUGAUAUUCUGGAUGUUUAACUGCAUAAACAGAUCAAUCCACCUGCAUUGAUCUUUAUUGAUAUUUGGUAGCUUUCAAAUACAAUUAAACCCAUUAUUCUCACCAUGGAUAGCAUUUGAAAAAAGAAACAAUCGACUGCUGUUUAUAAUUUAAACAGCUGCUAAAAAGAUUUAAUAGAUUAAGAGGCUGCUUAGCCCCUGUAUUGUCUAGGGAGAAUAACAAUUCAUCUGUUGGGCACAGAUGCCAGGUUGAAAGUCAAGCAGCUUUCCAUGAUACGGUAUAAUCACAUAGCACAUCUCUGCUGUGAGUUUCCAAAAAAUACUAAAGCAUGCUUAAUUUGCUCCAUAAAGCUAAAGUGGAAACAGCAUUUUCAGUUGUACAAAUUGCAACAAUUCAUUAACUCCUCCGAACAAAGUGAGUUUCUCCCACAAGUUUGCAUUAAAUUCACAAUAGAGGUACUGAUUUCUGCACUCUAUUCUCUCCUGAAAAGACUGCUCCGUUUCCGUAAGUUGCUUAACACAGUAGCUUGAGUAUCUGUGUUACUUUAGUCCAAAAGGAAUUUGUCCCUUGACUGAAGUGGGCUGAGUAUUUUCCUGGGAUAUUGUCCUAACAGUUUGGCAAUUUCACUUCUGUACCUGAAAAAACUAUCUGCAGGUAAAUACUUGGGUGUUAAUGCCUCUCUAAGGAUCUGCUAUAACACAGUGUACAUGAUUUUGAGCUCUUUUUCCUACAAUUUGUUUGGGAAGUACAAAGCUAACCACUUUAAAUGGCAUAGUAUAAAUCAAACUCCACAAGGAUUCACAUUUUUAACAGUAAAAUGGCAAUACAUUGGAAGGCAGGGAAAAAAAACACAUUUGCACCUUUACCUUUGCAGGAGUGUUUCAGCCAUCCAUUUGAUGAGUCCUGAACACCAGAUGUUCUGCAGAUGCUGAAAAUGCGGAACAUCACACACAAAAUGCCGGAGCUACUUAGCAAGCCAAGCAGCAGGCAUGAAAAAGGAACAGACAAUGUUUCAGGCCAAGACCCUUCAUCAGUACUGGAAAGGAAGUGGAAAGAAGCCAGAUUAAGAAGGAGGAGAGGGGGACAAGGGAAAGGAGUACAAGCAGACAGGUACUCAGUUGUUUCGUAUGACAGGUGUUCUUCUCUUUACCCUGUUUUUGUCAAGAUGAAGUGUAACCCAGAAGGGGCAGACGCGAGUCUAUCCAUUCGGGCAGUGGUGUGAGGUACCAGGUGAAACCAGGUGAAGGGGAAGGUGGGCAGGUGGAGGAGAGGGGAUAAAGUGAGAAACUGAAUUGACAGGUGGAAGGGUUAAAGGAUUGAAGAAGUAGAAAUCUGAUAGGAGAAGACAGUGGACCAUGGGACAAAGGGAAGGAAGAGGGGCACCAGACGGAGAUGAUGGGCAGGCGGGGAGAAGAGAAAGAGAAGAGGGGAGCCAGAAUUGGGAAUAGAAAAAUAUUUCCCUUCUCUUCUCCCACUUCACGCUCUCCUUAUGUUUCUUAUUGCUAUGGGUGUUGGAAUCAAGUCAUUCUGGUCUUUUUCUUCCUGUAGUCAGGGUGCAAAGCAUAGUAGAGCCUCGGUGGCAACAGAUUCAAUCAUGUGCCUGGCAACCUGUCCCUAUGACAGUUUGUCAGUUUUACACACCUCAUCGUUACCAAAGGCUUUUAAACAAAUUUUAAAUACUCAGACGUUUAUAAGUUACCCAACUUAAAUCUAUUUUGAAAGUAUUUGAGGAAAUAAAUAACUAUACUCAAAAAUGCAUUCAAACACUAGCCGUGAACCAGCUGCACAGUGGUACAUCCUGGGUAGCACAGAAGCACUGCUAAUGGAGCGACUGUCUCACAGCUUUAGUAACCUGGUUUAAAACUGACCUCUGCUGCAGGUUCCUCUUGAGACCACUCAUUCCAGCUGCUUCACUUUUACCCCCAACAUCCCAAAACCAUUCAGUAAGUCGGCCACUUGUAAAUCCCCUAUAAUGCAUUAGUGAAUAGUGGAAUCUGAGGGGUAGAAUAGCUUACAGUGAAAAUUAGUUGGGAAAUAGCAUUGCUUUGUGAGUCAGUGUGGUCAAACAACCUCACUGUGUCAGAAGAAAAUAUGGAAAUAAGAUUAUAAGAUAUAGAGGCAGAGUUAGACAAUUCAACUCACUGAGUCUGCUCCGCCAUUCAAUCGUAGCUGAUUUUCUUUUCAACCCCAUUCCCCUGCCUGCUCCCUGUAACUCUUGACUCGUUUACAAGAAAAAUUCAAUUUCUGCCUCAGCUACACCCAAAGUCUUGGCUUUCAUUGUCCUCCAUGUCAAUACAGUCCACAGAUUCACCACCCUCUGGCUCAAGAAAUUCCUCCACAAUUCCACUUUUAUUUUGGGCUUGAGCCCUCAGAAUAAAUUAGGCAACUCAAGCACAAUCUCAAUCAUUCUCAGAGGUGUGUAUAGCAGUCCAGCAGAUAGGCAGCUGAUUAGGCAUCUCCCCUCAGAUCGAGCUUGCAGGGAAGCCCGAGACAAGCUAAGCUCUGAGUGCCUGAUAACACUGCUGGCUAUUUAUCAGCGCAGUUUGACCAAACAACAACCAUGCAUCUCCAUGCAACUAUGGUAGAAGCAAUUCAAUAUUGCUUUAAGAACCAUCUCGAAUUCAUACAUUGCCAAAUAUGAGGGGUUGCCACUUCACUUAGUCUCAGAUGCCAUUAAAAAAAUUAAGGGGAAAAAUUGUAAGUGUUUCAAAUUCAUUCUGAAAUCAUUACAAAGGAGACUGAACCUUCUCAGAGUAGACAUGGCCAAUUUUACACACGGUCAGGCCUGCACAGUCAGGCAACUCCCAACCAACACCCAGCUAACAGGAGUCACCAGCCACCCAUUUCCAAUGCAUCACAUGCAGCCUAUUUAAACCCAUCUCCCAUCCAUAGUCCUUUCUUCACCCAUCAAGCCAGCCAGCAUCAACCAAGCCUUCAGUUACCUUGUUGCUGUGGUAUGUUAAGUAUCCCGCUCUUGUUUCAUGGCCCCUCGAGGCUUGUUGUUUUGCAGUUUCUUGGGAUUAUUAUUAGAUGCCAUGUCACUGGCACUUCUCUCAACCCUGGAACAUCUGGACAGCAAAGGUGCACACAUCAGGUUGCUCUUUAUUGACUAUAGCUCAGCAUUCAAUAUCAUCAUCACCUCAGAACUAAUCAAUAAUCUUCAAGACCUCGGCCUCAAUAUCUCCUUGUGCAAUUGAAUCCACAAUUUCCUCACUUGCAAACCCUGGUCAGUUCUGAUUGGCAACAACAGCUCUUCUACAAUCACCAUCAGCACAGGUGCACCAUGAGGCUGCGUGCUUAGUCCCCUGAUCUACUCACUUGACACUUAUGACUUUGUGUGUAAGUACAGCUCCAAUGUUUGCUGAUGACACCACUGUCAAAGACCGAAUCAAAGGCGGUGAUGAUUCAGCAUUUAGGAGGAAGAUUGAAGACCUGGCUGAGAGCUGCCAUAACAACAAUCUCUUACUCAUUGCCAGCAAAACCAAGGAACUGAUUAUUGACUUCAGGAGGAGGAAACUAAGCCAGUCCUCAUCGAGGAUCACAGAUGGAGAAGGUCAGCAUCUUUAAAUUCCUAGGUGUUAUCAUUUCAGAGGACCUGUUCUGGGCCCAGUACAUAAGUGGAAUUAUGAAGAAAACACAACAGCACUUCGACUUCCUUAGGAGUUUGUGAAGAUUCAGCAUGACAUCUAAAAAUCUAUAGAUGUGCGGUGGAGAGUAUAUUGGCUGGCUGUGUCACAGUCUGGUAUGGAAACACAAAUGCCCUUGAAUGGAAAACCCUACAAAAAGUACUGGAUAUGGCUCAGUCCAAAUGUAUAUCUUCCCCUCUCGCUCCCCCUCUCUCUCCCACUCCCCCCCACCUAUGGUGGGGGAGAAUUUGUUACCGAUUCUUGAGUUGGAGAACUCUGGGGAAAAAGAAGCAACACAGCAGACUUCAUCAUCGCAAAUCAGUGAGCUGACUUAUUUGUGUCUCUCCUCUCACUGUGUGACAUCUCUCUGCCCUUUAUUAGGGAGAGAGAGAGAGCCUGCAGUUUGUUGAAUUGUCGGCUAAAUGAUUAGUUUUUGUUCUACUGCAGAUCAUGGUCUUUUUGGGACGCUUUGCUGCUGCUUGCUUGGUGGACGGAGGAUGCUGUUGUUUUUUUUGCCGAAGUAAGUGGGGACAGGGAGGGUUGCUUUGCUGCUGUUUGUAUGUGGUUCAGGGGGAGAAGAAGGGCUUUUUGGUUCUAACAUUUUUAGUGUCACUCGUUCCUUUGGGAUACUGUUCUGUUUUUGUGGAUGUCUGUGAAGAACAAGAAUUUCAGGAUGCAUAUUGUGUACACUUCUCUGAUAUUAAAUGGAACUAUUUAAACUAUUAAACCACUUUCUUAAUUUACACUGUA